AUGAUGGAAGAAUCACCGUUUGACAGGACUCCACUACCACCAUCCCAUAGAGAGCCAACAACCAAAACAACACCUCGUCCUCGAACAACGUCAACUACUCCUCCGACCACCACUACGUUCCGGACAACUGCCACAACUCGAAAAUCGUCAGUUGAAUGGCGGAUGACGACAACUUCUCCAAGGACCACAUCGACGACCCGUCAAGUCACCACAGCACCAACAGCAAAGAACUACUCCUUGGUGGAUGUUCACUACUCCUUCGACAACCGCUACAUCUCGUCCAACAGUGAGGACGACUCGUCCAACCACUACUGA